AAAAAAAAACAGGUUUGGCGGCUACACUGUACAAGGGUUCGUCUGUAAAACGAAAAUGCAGAGCGACGAAACACAAACUCCAGACUUAACCACCCAGAACAAGACAUGUGCACAACAGACUGUACAGAAGCAGUACAAGUGUCCGUUUGACCAGUGCGACUACUCUAGCAACAGGCUCCGGUACUACCAAUGCCAUCUCGCCAACAAGCACGACGCGGGAGAAAAGCCAUUCAGCUGCCGUGAGUGCGACUUCAAGUCUGCCCGGAAGGACAACCUGGAGAAACAUGUGCUUACUCACUCCGAGAACCGCCCGAGGCCGCACAAGUGCCCACACUGCAACUAUGCCGCCAUGGACAAGCGUACCCUAGGCACGCACAUCGCUAGACACACCGACAACAGACCGCAUGUUUGUGAACAAUGCGGCUACCGAGCCGUUACAAAAUCUAUCCUCAGUAAACACAUACAGGUCCACACGGGUGAGAAACCGUACGCUUGUACCGAGUGCGAGUUCAGGGCUAGAAAAGGGUCUGACUUAAAGUCUCACAUGCGCAGACACACAGGUGAGAAACGCUAUGUCUGUGAGGAGUGUGGGUACCGAGCGGCACACAGGAGAACUUUAAUGAUGCACAUCGCGACCCACACCGGUGAGAAACCGUUCAAAUGUGCCCACUGCGACUACAGGUGUAGACAACAGGCCGCUUUGACGAAGCACGAGGCCGUACACACAGGCGACAAGCGAUACAUGUGUGACCAGUGCGGCUACAGAACAGCAAACCUGUCCAACAUGGCCAAACACAAGAUGACUCACAGCGGAGAAAAACCGUACAAGUGUGACUAUGGACAGUGUGGAUACAGCUCCAACAACCAUUCCAACCUCAAAACACACAUCAUGAAAAUCCAUGCUGCGAACAAAAUCUAAGAACAAAACCAAGUAAAGCAGGAUGUACUUUUUUGUUCUGUAACAAGCUCACGAUAAGCCGAUACGUAAUGAGUACACUACGCAAAUGCUGGGUAUAGUAGGACAGAAUUGUAUUUGCUACUGUGUGUACAUGUAAGUUAGACAAUUAUCGUUAUAAUUCUGGAGUAUGGGGAAGGCUUUCGCUAUCAAAAUGAAAGAAAAAAGGUAGAAAAACAAAACGGAAAGAAGACUGCUCGGAUGUGUAAAUUCAGUGGACUUUCCGUUGUAUUUUUGAAAAUAAAACUGCUGUUGAAUAUUCAAUAUUCUUGUCUUCGCCUGGGUAAGGAGCACAGUUGUGUUUUGCAAUGUGUCGUCGUACAUCGCUUCGGCUCAAGUUGACCUUUUAGAGUAGAUUAUGACAUUUUAGAACUAUAGGCGGAAUGUAUCGUUAAAUACCCGAAUAUGACAUUACAUUACACACCCACGUGAUGUCAACCUACUCA